AUCGAGCUGUGAGGACGUCUAGUGGUCACGCAGUGGAUCAAUCAGCAUCUCAAUUGAAGAUCGGUUCGGAUCGAAACGCACUUUAUAUAUUUAGAAACACCAUGGAAGGAGAAAGACGGACACUUCAAUUAGCAUUCAUAGCUCUAAUUGCAAUCUCCCAAUGGCAGACGAUUGCUGCAGGGCCAGUCUCCAACGAGGAGCUACGUGGCACCAUCCAGUCACUAAUCUACUCCUACAACCAGCUGGACAAUAAGUUGGAAAGGCACGAACAUCGUGAGCGUGCUUUGGGCGAAUUGCUAAAGAAGGCCCUCCAAUCCCUUCAGAAGGGCCAGAAGAGCCUGGAGCCGUUAAAUGGUAUCUUCGGGCGCCUGGACGAGAGGGUCAGUCAAAUAGAGACCAUGCUGAUAACGCAAGAAGAGAAGUACAACACCCAGUCAGAUCGCUUUAGCCAGGCCACGGAGCACAUGUUUAAGUGGAUGAGGGAGAACGACGAGUGCUUUAAGAGACCUCCAGUUAGUGGCAACCUUCUUGCACCUCCAGCCGCACCCGUCGCUCCCGCCAUUCCCAAAGAGUUCUUGGAGGAGCAAAAGCGUCUCAACACAAAGUUGCUGGAGGAGAUCCAGAAGCUGACUGCCAGUGUGGCCUCUCUGAAGGAAAGCAGCCAAAAGGCUGCCGAUCAAACCCAAAAGAAUUUCGAUGGUCUGCCCAAGGGACCGGAAUUGCUGUCCCAGAUUGAGACCAAGCUGCAGGAGCAUACCGUCAGUGUGACCACUGCUGCUCCACCCAAGAACAAUGAGUUCGAGGCCCAACUUCUGGAGCGACUAAAUACGCUGGGUGGCAAGGUUAACGAAUUGAGUGAGACUGUCCAGCGACCUGCUGCUCCAGUUGGUCUGAACGAGAAGGAUCGGGCUUAUAUUCAAGAACUGAAUAACGAAACCCUGAAUGCCUUGGCUCAACUUAAGAGCGAAUCUUCGGCUGUUCAUAAAUCAGCUGUUACGGAGACCACUGAGCAACUACAGCAAACGGAGGCCAAUAUCCAGGCGGACGUUCGCCAGCUUUCUAAGGAAGUGGACAUUCUUAACAAAUACUUCGCAUCGACGAAUGAGAGCAAUGCCAAGUUGAACGAGGGAUUGGAGGCCCUCAGCAAGUUCAACAAUAUUAUGAUGACCAACUCAGAGGUGGUGCUGGACACACAGCGUAAGGUGGACUUCGGAACACUGAAUGUAGUGCAGCGGGUGGGCAAGCUGUUGGAGGAGGAGAUGAACAAGCUCAGCGAGCUACUAAAAGAGCGCUUCACAGCGUUAGAUGGAACGGUUGUGAGUACCCAACAGGAAGCAAACAAGAAUAUAAGUGGACUGCUGGAGACGGAGCUAAACCAGGUGUGGCACCGCAUCGAGAUCAUGGCUGGCGAGAUCAGCCAGAGCAGUGAAAUGCUGGGCGUUAUUCAGUCUGCUUCUGAUGGAUAUAUCAACAGCACUUUGGCCACAAUGAUGGGUCUGGGCAGCCGGGUGGAGGAGACCAAAAAGCAUAUGAUAGACAUGGAUGAGAACCUCAACUUCUUGCUGGGCAAACUAUCUUUGAUGUCCAGUGAAUUUGCCAACAUUAAGAAGGGACUGGCCGACUCCCUCGAGGAUCUGCGCAACUCCUUCCAUGUGCUUCAUGAGCGGAUGCCCAUGGGUCCGGGACCCCAUAACAUCGACAAGAACAAGUAUUUAACCGAUGUCAAUCUUCUGUCUAAGCGCCAUGCUGAGCCUGAAAGCAAGUAGAAGGGCCCAGGAAAUAACCAAAAUACAAUAAUUCUAACCAUAGCAACUAAGUCAGCCCACUUACUUAUAGUAUAAACAUUUAGUUGCGCUUAAAGUUCUAGUACUGCAAAAUAAAUACUAAUAUUGUAUUCUGAGCUAUUGACUUAAGCGCAGCUGUACAUAUUUAUGCAAACGGAUCUUAAAACGAAAAACUCUGCCCCAAAAUACACUUCAUUAUGAACAAUA